GUUGAUCAGGUGACUGAAGCGCGUUGCAACGUGCAAAUAUGGCCUCCGUUCUCGUUGCCCGAAUUCUGGGUGUUUUGCUGUUUACAGCAUUUGCUAUGGCUGGCUUAGUAAAGCUCACACCGUGGCUAGACAAGUUUUCAGGUCACACGCAGGAAGAAAUGACGCAAAAUUUCAAGCAUUUUGCAAAAGUGUCGCCAUUUGCAAAAGCCGGUUUUGAUAUCAACCACAAUGUGUAUAAAAAUGCUGUGGGUGCUAUUGAGUUGGUGUGCGCCAUUCUUAUGCUUCUGGGAGGCGUCGGCAUACUAAGCAAACUCGGAAAUUCGAUUUUGAUUAUAGUGAUGUGUGGAGCUGUCUACACUCAUAUUGCUGUUGGCCAUCCUUGGGAGGAAUUAGUACCUGCUGUAUCACUGGGUAGUCUGCUGGCUAUCAGACUUAUUUUGCUCACGUUUUCGUCUGGUGAUCAAGAAGGCAAAAAGAGAGACUGAUUGUAUGGAAAUGGCUCUAGUUAAGAAUUUCACAUGUCUUUGAAUAAUGAAUUGGUAGAUACUAGUAGUGCAGAAGUUGUCACUGCUCACUUGAA